AUGGCUUCGACUGGGAUGCCAUCCGACUGCUUUCCCUCGUUACAAUCACUACAAUGCCUCAGCGGCACCGUUCCGGACGAAUGUAAAGCAGCGCGUGUAGCGUGCGCGACGGGCCCCAUGGCGAAACCAGAGCCGAUCCGGAGUCCACUCUCCCCACCGAACCACAUCUCGCCCGUCUACGCCAACACUCCCGGCUCGACAAACUCGCAAGCCAUCAUCACCAGCAGCGACUCCGAGGACUCCAACUCGGGCAAAGCGCCACAGGCCGAGCGACCGAACCCCACACGACCGACAAGACCGCACCGUAGGAUCCCUCACACCAUCAUCGAGCGCAGAUACCGCGACAACCUCAACACACAGAUCGAAACGCUCCGUCUCUCUCUGCCUUCCCUCAAGAAUGCAUAUGUCACCUCGCCCGAUGUCGAGGAUUCCGCUCUGCCUCCGAGGCUACCCUCCAAGGCGAUGAUCAUUGCUACAGCGGCGACUUAUAUCAAGGAAUUGGAGGCGGAGAGGCAGCAGGCUGUCGAUGCGGUCAGCAAUCUACAGCAGCAGGUGAACGAUCUGCAAAAGUUGAUUCAGUGCAACGACUGUUCGAUUCUGCAAUACUUGCAGGCCGUCGGAGGCCAGCAGCCUGCGAUAGCUGUUUGA